UCAACAAACGUUUUCGCUCCAUUAACAGAUCCCAUACAACGUAAGUUCAGCCAUUAAGAGGACCAAGACCGACUGGCCAACAUGUCUGGCGUCGAAGCUACCGAACCCAAGGUCGAGGAGACCAAGCCUGCCGAGGAGACCCCCGCAACCACGACGGGCGAGACCGCGACCGAGGAGAAGACCGAGGAUAGCAAGCCUGUCACCUCGUCUGCUGUGUUCUCCAUGUUUGGCGGUGGCGCCAAGAAGGAGAAGAAGGAGGAAGAAGAGCGUGGCGAUACAUCUGGCAGUGCCAAGGCCCAGCGCGAUGCCGCCAAAGAGAACGACGAGGACGAGGCCCCUGAGUCGGAAGAUGUGCACUUCGAGCCCGUGGUCAAGUUGACAGAGAAGGUGGAGAUCAAGACAAACGAGGAGAGCGAGGAACAGCUCUUCAAGAUGCGCGCCAAGCUCUUCAAGUUUGUCAAGGAGAGCAACGAGUGGAAGGAGAGGGGCACUGGCGAUGUCAGGCUCUUGAAGCACAAGGAGAACGGCAAGACAAGGCUGGUCAUGCGCCGCGACAAGACCCUCAAGGUCUGCGCCAACCACUACAUCGUCCCCGAGAUGAAGCUGUCUCCCAACGUCGGAAGCGACAGGUCCUGGGUGUGGAACGCUGCGGCCGACGUCAGCGAGGGCGAGCCCGAGGCCUGCACUCUCGCUAUCCGUUUCGCCAACUCCGAGAAUGCCAAUGCAUUCAAGGAUGCCUUCCUGCAGGCUCAAAAGGAGAACGAGGAGAUCUUCAAGAAGGCCGAGGCGGCGACCACGGAGGAGGCUCCCGCUGCUUAGAUGGCGCAGAUCUUGUCAAUGAUGUUUUCCCGUUUGUAGGCGCGCACAUACGCUCGGCGCAACGACCGCGUGCAGGCGACCUAGAUACCGUGGCAAGUUAUCUGAUUUCAUUAGCCGCAUAGAAUAUAUCGUCGAUUAGCGACGGUGAUACCCCCGAACUUCCCCUUUGUUUUUCAACUCACUACACGACGACAAGAUAGGACACGGCAUGAGCGGCGAAGAGCAUGUCGCUCGCAACGAAUUUCAUGCAGCGGAUGAGGAUGAUUAGGUCAUAGCACCAGCAAUGAUUACCAUAUUUUCACACAAUUGGCUCGACGUUGAGGUUUGUUCUUGGGCA